CUUUUUUGAUUAUUUACAAGGUCUUUCUCAAAAACAAAGGAUUUAAUUAUUCUGUAAUUAUGCUUGGAAAGGUUAUAUCAUAGCAAAGUAAAAAUGGUGCGUGUUAUAACGGUACAUAAUUUCUUGGGACAGAACGUUACCCAAAUUGAAGAAUCAACGGCAACAUGUGUUGCAACAACUAAUGGACGGGAAAUGUUAUUGUUAGCUCUUUCAACGCAUUGCGUUGAAGUAUGGGAACUGAUGCCGUCUGACAUCAAAUUGCAUACAAUAUUUCCAACCGUCGAUAUGAUCAAUCAAAUAUUACAUUGUUCUAAAGGAGAUUAUGUUGCGACAUUAGAAUCAAAAUAUUCUAGAGACAAUAUAAGUAAUACUCAUGGGAACAAAGUUAUUAAUAAUUUUGUAAGAAUAUAUGUAAAUUGGGCGGUGGUAAAGGAUCAAAGUCAACCGAUGCGAGCUAGAAUUGCUGGUCGUGUGACUCCAAGUUUAAAUCGACCAUUAAAUAGUUUGGAAAUGAUAGAAUUGCCUUUAAGCAUGCAACCAUCGUUAAUAGCUUGUUGUCAAAGUACUGGAAAUUUGUUAGUUGCUUCGGGUAAUACCGCUGUACUUCAUGAAUACAAAGUUGAAACGCAACAAUUGUCUAAAUUGAAAUUUAUUGAUUUUGAGGCUAGACCUUGGUCCAUAGGAUUUUCAUUUUCCCCAACGCAUAUGGAAAUUGCGGAAGAUUUUAUAAUUAUUAUGGAUAGUACCAAUUUAUGCGUUUUUCGAUUAACCAAUUCUAUGUAUGAAGAUAUAGAUCAACUUAGUUCGUUAACGUCUACCAACGAAUCAUCUAUUGAUAAAACUUCAAUAUCUAAUGACUCCUCGCUUGUAGAUAGUAAUCAUGUGUCUAAUAAUCAGGACCAAGAAACAACUGUUCAAGCAACAAAUUUAAAGCACAAAGCUUUGGAGCAACAACACGUUACGUUAGAGAAUAAUGAUGCGCUUAAUACAAAGAGUAAAAACAAAAAAAAUAUUACAUCAAAAAUAAAUACAUGGUGCAAAUCGGAAAUAAUGGAUAUCAAGAAAAUCAAAUCAAAAACAAAUAAUGAACUUAUCGACUGGGAUCAUUUAAUAUAUAAUGAGAAAGAAGAAUUACAAAGGUUGGUUACUCAAGAAAUAAUUGAUACAAAUUCCCAACCAUUGACCGUAAAUUUUCCAUCUAUAAGUUUGGAAAGAAUUGGUCCUGGACAUACUCUUAGUCCUUUUACUUUAAAUCCGCCAGAUAUGCAAGUUUUUAUUAAAACUAAUUCACCUGAUUCUGGCUGGUCUGAAAAUUAUACUGUAAAAAAUCUCUUAUCGCUUAGAAUUGCUACUGCUAAUAAUAAAUCUGAAGUAGAUAGAAAUAUGGAGUAUUUUAAAUGCUCCGUGUUAAAACCGUUAUAUAUGAGAAAGGAAUGUAAUGGAUCUUGUAUAAAGAAAUCUAUUUUAAGAUCUGAUAAAUACAAAUACUUACAAGGUGUAAGUUGCUUUGUAUGUACGAUACAAGAAGGAUAUCUUUAUCAUUUUUCAGCGACAAGUGCAAGUCCUUUAGAUGCAACUUGUUUAACGACUUAUCCAUUUACUGCACCUGUUAAUUACAUUGCACUUGAGCAUACAGUACUUCAUGCAUUGACUGACGUCGGUUUAGAAUCUUACACAUUACGCUUAUCACAUUACGUGGCAAAAAUGUUGAACGAUAUUGAUCAAUACAAAGUUACCUGUCCAAGUAUCUCAGAACCUGUAUGUUUGAUAGGAUUGAAACCAUUUUUGGGGAUACAGAAGCUGUUAUAUACCAAAAAUUAUUUACUUUUAUUAGCUAAAGCUGAUAAUUCUUGGACAUUAUAUUCAUUAAUCUUACCUAAGUUGGAGACUGUAUACUACGAUAUUUUAAAUGCUGCAAGAAGUCAUAAAUCUUCUAGUCCCAGUACGUACAGACAUUUAUUGGGCGAGGCCCAUGCUCUGAUACGCUUAGCUAAGGAUAGCUCUUGUUAUGGUUUUGAUAAUGAUGAUGAUGAUACGGCGCACAAAAAUUGGCUGAAAUUAAAAAAUUUGUAUAAUCAAUCUUGUGCAUUAUUAGGUGAUUAUUAUAUACGUUCAGAAUAUGAAUCGGAUUGGGAUUUAUGCAUACCUUAUUACAAAAUGUCAGGUUUAAAACCUUCUGAAGUUUUGUCAAGAAAAUCAACUCAGGAUGCACCAGGUCUCAUAAUAUUUUUAACCGACAUUCUGAUGAUAAUGAGAUGUGGCACCGAAGCUGAUACCUUAUUUCAAGGACACAAUAUUAUAGAAAUUAUAUGCAGAUUAAAAAAACAAGAAUUAUUGAAACUAAUUUUUGGAAGUGUUGUAUUGAGAGAUUAUAUGACAGAUAAAUUAAUAAAUUUACUAUUAUCGUAUGAGAUAUGUGAUCCGAUUCGUCUUGCAUUAGCAUUAUUGUACGUACAAAAUCAAAAGCAAGAUCAUGCCGAAGACAUUUUAGAACACGUUUCGGUACAAUGUAUUCAAAAAAUGAUUUUGGAACAUUGGGAUUUGUUAUUUGAGAUGACGGUGGUAAAAAAAAGAAGUACAUUAGUACCUACAUUUUCAGAUUUUGCCGGAAUGUUAUUACAUAAGAAGACUAUUGCAUUCGCUGAUAUACUUAUACAAAUAAUAGAAGAAGAUAACAGUAGUUUAUCAUUGCACCAAAUUUUACAAGCCUUUUUAGAAUAUCUACCAUCUCGUGUUGGUAGAGACGGGCACAAUGCUGCAGCAGCCUUACAAAUUUUUAUAGAAAAAUAUUUUCACAAUUAUUUUAACGUUAAAUCGAUGUUCGACUUAUCUAACAUAAAUAAAAAUAAAAUAUCUUCUGAUUUUGCUAUGGUAGAGGCAUUCAAAUUAUUGGUACGUUCGUAUUUGGGUAAAUUGACUCAAACUAAAACUUAUGGUAUCGAGAACAAAGAACGUAAGGAUAAUAUGGACAAGGAUUUUGUAUUUGCAAAAUGCAGGCCACAAUACUUAAAUAAAAUGCCUCCUUAUAUGAAGGAUUAUCAAAAAAUUUUAACUACCAAUGAUUUUAAAGAUUUCAUUAAUAUGACUGCAGCACCCGAUACAGGAAAAACCGUUCAUCCUGAAUUGUUCAAAUUACAAUGCGUGCUAUCCUAUGAAUUUCUACCGCUUGAAUGUUUACAAGAAGUUAAACAAUUUUUAGAAUCUCAAAAUAUCGAUGGAAGUUUAUCGCUUAAAACAAUAUAUAUACAAAAUACAGAAGAAGUAACAGUCAUUUUAAUGGAUAAUUGUCCUCAGGCGGUAUUACAAUACGCCAAGGACAAAUAUACUAAAGAAGUUGAAUGGAAAUAUCUUAUCGAGUUAUUGCAAAAUAGAAUUUCUCUGUUUACCGAACAGGCAGAAUUACAUUGCAUGUAUAGCGAAAUCAUGAAAGAAACUUUACAUCAUUUACCACACGUUUUAUCUUUAAAAAGUCUACAUCACAUUUUACCAAAAGAUAAUACGGUGGCUUUUCAAAAAUGUACCGAAAUGUGUACUCAAAUUAUGCAUGCGGAUCAUGUCAAAUCAUUAAUAAUAGAAACUAGCCAACAAUUAUUAUCAACUUUGAAGUUGUAAACUCAUCCUAGGUAAUUUUUAUUUAUAAAUUAUAUAAUAGAGAGAAAGAAAGAGAGAAAAUGUGUGUGUGAGAGAGAGAGAGCGAGAAAUAAUAAAUUUGAAGAAGUAUAAAACAAUUAUUACAAGGAUUUAGAAAGUUAUAUGUGUGGAAUUACACCGAUAUAAUAAUAAAGAAGACAUUUAAAUAUUUCAAAGAAGAAAAAUAGAAAUCAAAUAUAUAUCAUACCAAUU